AUGCAGGCGAAAUUGAUGAAGAUGGCCAAGAAGGGAUCGGCGAGUGGGUCACAACAGGCCCGUGGUUUACCCUACAUGUCCGUUGCUCAGAGUCAGGCGACCGGCGCAACAACCAUAGCGGGCGCGGUCGGUGGUGCUGCCUGGGUAAGACAUAAAAGGCGAGCUGAGGAACCACUUGUAAGGGACGUCGGGAAAAGACGAGUGGAAGAGGAGCCGAGGCGGGACGUAUGCAAGAGGCCAAUAAUUGCAUCAGUCCCUGAGGUGGGGAAGAGGGCGAGCGUAGACCCAGUGACCGGCCCGCUAGAGCCCUGGGUAGAUGCGGAACUAGUGCUCAGCUCAUACCAGGAGGCCAUCAAGCGAAUGCUAAAGGUGGAGGUCGUGUAG